CCCUCGGGUAGUUGAUCAGCUUUAAGCCCAAUUAUAUUGAUGGGGAAGCGUGAAACCCGUAGUGAGGCCAUAUAAUGUCUGGGGAAUGGGAGGCAAUAGGAUCUGAUUCGAGAAAGAGAAGGGUAGCUCCAAUUUCUUGGAUCAAGAGGCUUUUACCAACAGUGCACCCCCCCCCCAUUCAAGACUUCAACAGUCAGUGUUACUUUUGUUGUUGAGCUGGUUGUGUUGUCAAGUAGCUCCUCCCACCCAGUCAUGGCUCCCUCCACCCACGGUCACGGCUCCCUUCACCCAGUCAUGGCUCCCUCCGCCCAGUCAUGGCUCCCUCCACCCACGGUCACGGCUCCCUUCACCCAGUCAUGGCUCCCUCCGCCCAGUCAUGGCUCCCUCCGCCCAGUCAUGGCUCCCUCCGCCCAGUCAUGGCUCCCUCCGCCCACAGUCAUGGCUCCCUCCGCAAACAGUCAUGGCUCCCUCCAACCACACUCAUGGCUCCCUCCGCCCACAGUCAUGGCUCCCUCCGCCCACAGUCAUGGCUCCCUCCGCACAGUCAUGGCUCCCUCCGCCCAGUCAUGGCUCCUGUCACCAUCAGCACAGCAAAAUCAUCACCACACUGUAGCAUGCUGGCGAGCCUGGUCACCACACCCAUGUACUUCAGCCAUGUGAUGCGCCAGACAAAAGGUAUUGCGGCAAAAAGAACACAGCUGGAAUAUCACAGUUGUGGGGGAUUUACAUUGUGGCAUGGAA